AGCCGAAGAAGGACCCGUCAGGAUGGACGCCAUUUUGUGCUUGAUGCUAGCGCUGGCGGCGACCACGCAGGCAGUGGACAUCAACAUAUUGACCACACCCACGCUGCAGGCGCGGCUUGAAAACAAUCCUUAUGGAGGACUCAACCUCUUGCUGAAACGGAAGGGUCUAUCCGAGGUGGUGGCAGUAAUCGGGCGGCGAACCGGCGCGAUCAAAGACGUGGUCCAAGACGGCGACGUGGUGAUCCAGUUCGCCAACGACACGUCCAUGCGGGUGUCGGUGGAGGCCGCGGGAGGAGGCCAGAUACUUACCAUUACUUGGGAGGCGCCUAAGGGGAUGAGGCUGGAGGACUGCGUUAAUUUGGGCUCCCGGCACUGGUACGGCGGCCCUCAGCAGAAGCGCCAAUACUGGCCGAUCGAGCGCCUAACGCUUGUCGACUAUUCCUACGUCACCAAGGAAGCCGACAACUGCGGCAUCGCCGAACCCUACUGGCUCAACUCCGAAGGCAUCUUCUACUACUUCGACAAGAAAGUCCCUCUAUUCGUCGACCAGAACGACUUGGAGAAAAACGCAGCUUGCUUCGUAGCACAAGUCAAACCUCCCUAUUCGAGCAAGCGAGAGAGAAACGAGCUCGUAUACGCUGUGGGCAUCUUUGAUGAUGUCAGAAAGGCACAUGAAUACGCAGUUGGUAAAUAUCUUGGUAAACCAAGCGGCGUACCUGAUCCACUGAUGAUUAAGUAUCCAAUUUGGUCGACAUGGGCAAGAUAUAAGACUAAUGUAGACCACGAAACGGUUCUUAAAUUCGCCGAUGAGAUCAACAGCUAUGGAUUCCCUAAUAGCCAGUUGGAAAUUGAUGAUCUUUGGGAAGUCUGCUACGGAUCCCAGACAGUGGAUGUGGAUAGGUUUCCGAAUAUGAAGAAUACGGUGCAAAUGCUGAAAGCGAAGGGAUUCAGGGUGACGCUUUGGACACAUCCGUUCAUCAAUAAGGGGUGCGACCCAUGGUAUACGGAAGCGCGUAACAAGGGCUACCUGGUCUUCUCCGAGUACGGCUCCGUGGAGACGAGCUGGUGGAACGACAACGAGACGACGACGGCCUAUAUCGACUUCACGAAGCCUGAGGCGAGGAACUGGCACAUUGGACGGCUGAAGAACCUUCAGAACGCGUAUGGCUUCGACAGCUAUAAGUUCGAUGGGGGGGAGUCGGAUUGGUCGCCGCAGAUUCCGGUACUCAAAGGCGACAUCCGCGACCAGCCUGGAGUGAUCACCGCCGAUUAUGUUAGAGCUGCGGCAAUGUUCGGGCCCAUCACUGAAGUCCGAGCUGGCUACAGGACGCAAGACCUCCCGAUCUUCGUGCGCAUGAUUGACAAGGACACGUACUGGACGUUCGAGAACGGUCUCCCAACUCUAAUUACAACGUUGCUUCAGAUGAACAUCAACGGGUACCCGCUAGUGCUGCCUGACAUGAUUGGAGGGAAUGGAUACAAUGAAGCUCCGACCAAGGAGCUGUUCAUCAGGUGGCUACAGGCCAACACUUUCAUGCCCAGCAUGCAGUUCUCAUACGUGCCAUGGGACUUUGACAACGAGACGAUUGCCAUAAGCAAGAAGUUCGUCCAACUGCACGCAAAAUACUCCGACCAGAUAGUGGCCGCGUGCGCCCGCGCCGCGCAGACCGGCGCGCCCGUCAACCCGCCAAUAUGGUGGAUCGACCCUACCGACACCACCGCGCAUGAUAUUUGGGAUGAAUACCUCCUCGGCGAGACCAUCCUAGUUGCGCCGGUCGUAGAACGGGGCUCCACUGAACGCGACGUGUAUCUCCCGGCCGGCACGUGGCUGGAGCAGGGCGACCCUAACAGGAAGCUGCAAGGAGGCGACUGGAUUCGCAACUACCCCGCACCCUUGAACACACUACCCUAUUUUGUUAGAGCAUAAUUUUGGCACCCAAAA